AUGCCUAUUCUAUUUGAAGAAGUCACUGCACUCAGGCAUAACACCCCCUCUACUUUUAACAGAGUUAAUUCUAUCAGCUUGAAUGACAACCCCCCUCCCUUCAUAUCCCAUCAACCAAAACUUCAGCCAGCACAUCUGUCCCUUGAGCAGGAUCAACCCCUCCUUAAACACUGGUCAGCCUCCACUCCAAAUACAGAUGACUCAUCUGACUCUGACAUCACUUCAUCCAAUAUGUUCUCAGCCCUUUGUCUCUCAUCAUCUUCCCCCCCCAGCAUCACUGCUCUCUCUGAUGAUAGUGAUUCCAAGCUGUCAUCAAAGCCAUCCUGUAAGCAUGUGUGGGAAACCCCUGCUGACAAACUUUCUUUGGAUCUUGCACCUGCUUUGUUAACUUUCAUUAAGCAAUUUCAACAGGCACAGCAGGAUAGGUCAGAGGUCAAGCAUCACCAGCUGGAGUAUGGAUACUGGAGGACUUGCCAGAAGGCCACCACUCUCUUGGCCAGUCAUGAACACCAACUUACUAUGCAACACAAGCUGUUCACACAUGAGGAGACAAUGGCAGCUCAAGAGUUGGAGAAGAUGAAGCUCACUGUCAAGUUGGAGGAACCUCAUGCUCAGAACCUCACCUUGCAAAAAGGUGUAGCUGGCAGUGAGGAUCAAGUCCCUUCAUCUAGCAAUCAAGAUGUUUAUCUGCUUUGA